UCUCUGGAUACUGAGCACUGCACAGACGAGCUCUUGCUAAUAAAAGAAAAUGGUGGGAAAAAGCAGCAAAAAUGGGUUUCUGUUAUUCCACCAAAAACCUCUCACACACCAAACCAGUGGAGACCAGAGAGUACUAGUGAAGGGAAGGAUAGUGAGAGACUCAAGAGAGAUUGAAAAUGGAAGGAGGGUUGGAAACCAGAGAAAACAUGAAAGAGAGAGUAGAAGAAGAUGAAAAAGAAGAAGAAGAAGAGAAGAUUUGCAGGAUUUGUCAUAGCCCUGGUGAUUCUGAAAACCCACUUCAGUACCCUUGUGCUUGUUCCGGGAGUAUGAAAUUUGUUCACCCAAAUUGUCUCCUCCGCUGGAUGGCGCAACGCAUCUCUCUUGAAUGCGAGGUGUGUAAACAUAAGUAUUAUGUCUAUCGUGUUUAUGCUGAGAAUACUCCAACAAGACUACCUCUCAGAGAGUUUGUGUGUGGGAUUGCAAUGAAAGCAUGCCAUGUUCUGCUCUUCUGUGUGCGGUUUUGUUUUUCAGUUUCUCAGCAACUCCUUAUGCCACCCCUAAUUGCAUCUUGGAUAUGGCGUUUGAGUUUAGUAAGGAGCCUUUCUGAAGCAAAAGAAUUGGUUGAUAGUCAUAUGUCUGCUUCAACAGCUAUGAUGGACUGGUUGUAUGGCUUUGUAAUCAGCAAUGUCUUAUUUGUGAUGUUGUUGUGUGGCAUUGCUUUAAUGAGAGAAGAUGAAGAGGAUGCGGAGGAUGGGGCUCAUGUUGCAAUAGCUCCGACACCAGGUAAUGAGAAUCAUAUUGAUGAUGAAAUUGGCGAAGAUGAUGGGGAACCGCAAGCUAUUGCUGGAGUUAGAAAUGACGAUAAUAUGGCACCGGGGUUAAGAUUGUUGGUAAUAUUGUUGGUAGAUCCUCUUCUUCAGAGUUUUCAAGGUGUGAUGGUUAUGGUCUUCAGGUUUAAUGUUCCUCUACGAAGUACUUGUGUUUAUCUGGUCAUGAGUAUCUUAUUUUUUCUGAUUACCAAUGGUGUGCUGAUAUUGGUGCCAUUCUCGUUAGGACAUUAUUCUGCAUUGUCUUUCAUGGAUUUUCUUUGCAGCUUCGUCGAUUUUCAUGCCAUUUAUAGAGUCAGCACUCUCUAUAGGAAAUAACUCACUGAAGAAUGCAUCA